AUGGCGCCUUACAAGCCCAUACUUCUCCUCUCCCUACUCUUUACUGGCGCCAGUCAUGCCCAUUGGAUCCCUUACCAACCAGACGUGCUUUCGGAUCCUAUUUCUAAUCUCGGUCCGAAAGAAAUGGAUAGUCCACAGGGUCAACCGAAUAAAGCUGAUUACCCUACUACCUCUUGGGUUUGGGACGAUAAGACGACAAUUACUUUCGAAACUAUGACUUUGGGGGAAACUCAAAGCGUGCUGCCGACUCAAGUCGCGGUGGCUGUGAGGUCUUAUUUCCCUCAAUUGGUUCCGGAGUUUAACAAUAGUCUUUUGUCGAACAAUUCGUAUGGCUGUGGAUAUGGAAUGUCGAACUGUGGUCACGUUGGCAUGCCGAAUAUCUGCUGUCCAGAUAUUCUUAUUAUCUCGCCUAUUCAAGUCUCACUUGAGAAUUCCUGCUACAAGACGGAGAGAUCUUCUAUUGGUGUCAUCUGCUGCCAGGAUCCUAUUAUGUGUGAGCGGAUCGAGCAUCAUCCGGAUGAAUAUCCUACGUUUGAACUUGGUUGCAUGACUGGGCACCAUGAAUGCCCAGAUGACCUUGGAGGUGGCUGUUGUGCCGACGGGUUCAGUUGCGCUAAGGAUGGUUGCUAUGAAAGUCUCACGAAUGAUACGUAUACGGGACCACUUGGAGGCGAUCCGAGAGAGACUUUAUAUCCUCCUUAUACACGAAACACGCGCCGCGACAGCAUCGAGACAAUAUCUGCCUAUCCUACAAAUGGGCCUCGAUUCAGGGUUCGCAAAUCCGCCCUCACUAUUCUUAAAACAGGCGAAGAGGAGAAAUGCAUUGGACCUCAAUUUCAAGAUUUACUUUCAAGCCUCACGGACGGGGUCGGACAGGCUGUUCAAAGCGUUGUUGACGGAUCCGGUGUCGUUCUUACUCUGACAAAGGCAAUUGGUGGUAUCGCCACGCAUAUUCCUGGCGCAUCUGGUCCUCUCGGUCAACUCGGUGGUAGCAAUAACACUCUGAAUAUUAUAAAUGGGGCUGGAGGUGCUCUUGGUAGUGCACUCAAGUCUGAUGGAUCCUCCUUUAUCAAGGGUAGCUCGACGGCUUGGCCUCGUAUAUUUUCAGGUGCUGGUGGUCACACUCAGUAUUUGGCCUUAUCGCUCGUCCUUCAUGGUAUUAUUGGAAUGAGGUUGAAUCCCGCUCGAGUUUUGCUGAACCACGGAGUCAGAAUUUAG